UCAGCGGCCGUCAGCCAAUGCCAGCUCACACGCUCCUGAUGCUGCACACGCUCGCUGCUCUGCAGUGAGGCAGCAUUUAGUUCAGAGAGGAAGGAGGGAGAUGAAUGGAUGGCCGAGUGACGGGAGGAGAGGAAGUGAUGAGGGAGGGGGAGAAGAUGAUGCAAAGACCGAAAUACAAUCCGGCUGAGUCGCCCCUCCUCAACUUUGCUCACGUGUGUGCACACCCAUAAACACAUGGAGGAGCGUCUUCCUGCCUGUCAAGACCUGGAGGGACCAUUUCACUGAUAUGUGAGGGAUUUAAUGCACAAAGAUUCUCUGUCUUUUUGGAUGCAGGGUUUCAGUCUGACGCCUGUUGAUUGGUCCAUGAAUGCAGCACAGGUGCAGGGUAAGAGGAAGAGGGACUCCCGUGUUUUAGGAUGGCCAGUGAAGGCUCCACUAUUCCCAGCCCCGUCGUCCGCCAAAUUGACAAGCAGUUCCUGAUCUGCAGCAUAUGUCUGGACCGCUACGAAAACCCCAAAGUCCUGCCCUGCCUGCACACCUUCUGUGAGAGGUGCCUCCAGAAUUACAUCCCGGCCCACAGCCUCACCCUGUCGUGCCCCGUGUGCCGCCAGACCUCCAUCCUGCCGGAGAAAGGUGUGGCGGCGUUGCAGAACAACUUCUUCAUCACCAACCUGAUGGACGUGCUGCAGCGGGCGCCAGACAACUGCAGCCAGGAGGCCGCCGCUCUCAACAACAUCACCACGGUGGCGACGGGCCAGCUGCUGUCCUGCCCCAACCAUGGAGGCAGCGUCAUGGAGUUUUACUGUCCUCCAUGUGAAACGGCCAUGUGUCAGGAGUGUACGAGUGGUGAACAUGGAGAACACCCGACUGUGCCUCUCAAAGACGUAGUGGAACAACACAAGGCCUCAUUACAGGAUCAGCUCGAUGCUGUCAAGAAGAGGUUGCCAGAGAUUGACUCGGCCCUGCACACGCUGUCAGAGAUCCUGCAGCAGCUGACCAAUCAGAAGAGCUCCAUCGAGGACGGCAUCCACUCUACGUUUGACGAGCUGCAGAAGACCCUCAAUGUCCGCAAGAGUGUUUUACUGAUGGAGCUGGAGGUCAACUACGGCCUGAAGCAGAAGGUGCUGCAGGCUCAGCUGGACACUCUGCUGCAGGGCCAGGAGGGCAUCAACAGCAGCUGUAACUUCACGGAGCAGGCGCUGAGUCACGGCACCGAAGCCGAGGUGCUGCUGGUGAAGAAGCAGAUGGGCGAGCGUCUCAUGGAGCUGGCCAGCCAGGAGCUUCCUCUGCAGCCCGGAGAGAACGACCAGCUGGACUUCCUGGUGGAGACAGAAGGACUCAAGAAGUCCAUCCACAACCUGGGCACCAUCGUGACCACCAACGCCGUGGCCUCAGAGACCGUGGCUACAGGCGAAGGGUUACGACAUUGUGUGGUGGGUGUCCCCACGUCCAUCACUAUAACCACGAAGGACAAAGACGGAGAGCUGUGCAAGAUGGGCAACGCCGUCAUCACCGCUGAAAUCUCCUCACCUGAUGGCAGCAAAGGUGACGGAGAGAUACUGGACAGCAAGAAUGGCACAUAUGAGUACCUGUUCACAGCCCCUAAGGAGGGCACUUUUAAUUUGUCACUGCGCUUGUACGACCAACACAUCAAAGGAAGCCCCUUUAAGAUAAAAGCCACCAAAUCCAUAGAUGUGUCACCAACUUCAGAUGGUGUUAAGAAGAGGCUGAAGUCUCCAGGCAGUGGACACAUCAAGCAGAAGGCCAUCAAGAGGCCGGCCAGCAUGUACAGCACCGGGAGGAGGAAAGAGAACCCCAUCGAGGACGACCUCAUCUUCAGAAUCGGCACAAAAGGGAGAAACAAAGGGGAGUUCACUAAUCUGCAGGGAGUGGCUGCAUCCUCUCUGGGAAAGGUGCUCAUCGCAGACAGCAACAACCAGUGUGUCCAGAUUUUUUCAAACGACGGCCAGUUCAAAAGUCGUUUUGGCGUCCGGGGCAGGACUCCGGGUCAGCUGCAGCGGCCGACGGGCGUCGCCGUCCACCCAAAUGGUGACAUCAUCAUCGCCGACUAUGACAACAAAUGGGUCAGCAUUUUUUCAAGUGAGGGCAAGUUUAAGAAUAAGAUUGGCUCAGGGAAGCUGAUGGGCCCUAAAGGCGUGUCGGUGGACAGAAACGGACACAUCAUCGUGGUGGACAACAAGGCCUGCUGCGUCUUCAUCUUCCAGGUCAACGGCAAGCUGGUCACCAAGUUCGGUAACCGUGGCAACGGCGACAGGCAGUUUGCAGGUACACUCAAUGGACCUCACUUUGCUGCUGUCAACAACAACAAUGAAAUCAUUGUGACGGACUUCCACAACCACUCAGUCAAAGUGUUCAACACAGAAGGGGAAUUCCUGCUCAAGUUUGGUUCUAAUGGCGAAGGAAACGGCCAGUUUAACGCCCCAACUGGAGUCGCGGUGGACGUCAAUGGAAACAUUAUAGUAGCAGACUGGGGCAACAGCAGGAUACAGGUGUUUGAUGGCAGCGGUUCGUUCCUGUCUUACAUCAACACAUCGGCUGACCCGCUGUAUGGCCCACAGGGACUGGCACUCACCUCUGACGGACAUGUUGUUGUUGCUGAUUCUGGCAACCAUUGCUUCAAAGUCUAUCGCUACCUGCAGUAGCCAUUCUGUUCUCUACGCACAACCUGUAACCUGUACAGUGUAUAUAUAUAUAUAUAUAUAUAUAUAUAACACACACACAUGUGCUAGAAUGGAUCGACUGGAAGAUUUUGCACUCGUCCACUCACCCAUUCAUCCUCGAAUCGUGCUGUCAUUGUGCCAUCCUGUCCUUCCACAUGUUUGGAUGCUGAAGAGACGACACAGAGAAUUAUUUGCGGUGAAGCGAGAGGAUUUCUGAUGUUCACACGGCUGCUGCUGCUCACUGGUGCUUUGAAGAGCCGCUCAGAACCUUGUUCACAUUCCAUCUUAACUGUGCUCAUUUCAGAAAUGAAGCUUUAAUGUUGUGCAUACAUCAGACCUUUGAUUUUUCAUCACAUGGCAGAAAACUGGAAAACAACACUAUUGCACUUGUUCCUGAAGAACACUGGCUGGACACUGUGUUAAGUGAGUUUGAAAUGAAAGAAAGUAGUACCUUAGUUACCAGAGAAAAAAUGGAAAUCCAUUUGUAGUGACAAUAACUUAAGCUUCCUUUGAACGCCCUUAAGAGUCCUCACAUUUUGCCUGUUUACUAUAAGAGAAAAUUAUUUCACUUAAUGCAGGUAGCAGGGUAUUUUCGAGCAUGAUUAGACAACUCUGUGCAUGCUGUUUUUACUAACAAACACCUGAAGAGCUACUGUCCACAAUAUAUAAAACAUCACCACAUGAGACUUUAAAUGGAAGCACUGGUUCAUCUACAGUACUUCUAUCUAUAUGUGAAAACAACUAGUCCGUGUCAUCUACAGUAUGCCGUCAUUCUAAAUUACAGAGCUGGUGACUUCAUUGGUUUUACAGAGCCAUAUAUUGUGUGCUUGUGUGUGCAAGACGAGUGUGAUUGUGUAUUGUGAUUAAUUAAGCCAUCUGAUGCGUUCACUUCUGCCAUGUAGGCGUGUAUGCACCUGUGUGUUUGGGUGUGUAUGAAACCUCUUAACGUUUCAACUUGCAAUCUGCUGUGAUUUUGUGCAAACGACUUAGGAUUUCUUGCAGACUUUGAAAAAUAAGUUCAGUAGGAUGCAUCUGAAAGGUUUAAUUUAACAACAUCAGGCCUGUGAUCACAUUCACUCAUCUCCAUGUGCUCUUAUGUCUUACAAACAAAAUGUAGAACUACUAACAGGUUGUAUUUUAGCAAAAUCGUUUGUCUAUCUUCACAAAAACAACAAAACAGAUGUAGUACAGCAGUUGAGGUGUGUGUUGUCGAGCCUUGUUCAGACAUUGUCUUCAAGCACACAGUUGUCAUUAUUUGUUAUCCUGAAUUUGGUCAUCCAUUUUCUACACAAUCCUAUAAAAAUAAAAUGUUUUCCAUUGUCUUGUUUGUAUUUGUAAUGCCAAAUGGAAUUAAAGUGCCCAUAGGAAGAA